AUGGAAAUCAAUAGUGAAAGUAACGCCGAAAUGAUUCCACAUGAAAUUAGUGAAGCUGCUAAAACGGCUACUUAUGAAUUAUUGCCGCUUAAGUCAAGAGAGAGUUUAAUUCUACAUGAACUUUUACCAUUAUUACGAAUUUACGUAGUCUUUCAUGAAUAUCCAAAACAUCAUCAACAACCAGCACCACAGCUCCCUAAAAAAAUUCACAAACAAAUGAGUUUGGAAGAAAUUAAACAUACCUUUCACGUCGACCAUCAUGACCUUGUUCCAGAAUACGAAGUGGUUCCCGUUCAACAUAACGUUAGGGGUAUACCAGACGAUGUGGAAAAUGCUAUUGAAGAUGAUGAAUUAGAUUCUGCAACGAACAAGUCAAAGAUAAAAGAAACUAAUAAUGAUGGUACAACAAAUCUAAAGCUGAAAGCAUUCGGAAAACCGUUUAAUUUGAGUCUUAUUCCUACUCGAGGUCUAUUUAAGAAAGGAAAGUUAAAAUUGUGGACUAUUGAACCUAACGCCACUGCUCAACAUGGUGUGGAGUAUGUGGAAAUUCCAGAGAGUAUGCUGAUAGAUGUGAUCGAAUAG